AUGACAAGGAGAAGGAGACAAGUUAGUGAAGAAGACGAGGUUUAUGCUGCAAUGUGUAUUUUAAAAGAAAGGUGGGAUGAACAUAAUUCCGUGAUGUACCUAGUACAAUGGGCGGGUCAUGAUCAAAAUGGAAAUCCAUGGGAACCAACUUGGGAACCCUAUGAAAAUUGUGGAACUAUACUCAUACAAGAAUGGGAGGAAAAACGAAGAAAAGAGCGUGAAAAAGAUAAUGGUGAACCUAGAAAUCCUGAGCAAAAUAAUACUAAUGCACCGAUAGUUAACGAGGGAAAAAAUGAUAUUGUUGAAAAAAACGACGAUGUUUGUCAAUCACGACAAAUAAAUGGAAUAAACGGGAAGAAGAAAAAACUACAUCAACUUCACGAUACUCCUACUACUACUGGUGACAAAAACGCGAGCGUUGGAAGAGGCAUAUUUUGUGAUGAUGUUAAUCAACCCAAUGAUGCCAUCUCUGAGAGUUCUCAGAGUCCAUCAUCUAAAAGAAUUGUACAUCGAAAAAAUUCUAUGAAAGGUGUUGAUUUAGAUAAUAAUCGUAAACGUAGCGUUUCUCUAAAGUCAAGACAAGUAAAACUUUUCAAAAGUCUUUCUAAUAAUGGCAAAUUAUCAGUUAAUUCUUCUCGUCGUGUGCCAGACAGUAGUAAUGAUUCUCUUUCCUCAAGCGACUCCGAACAUGAAAUUCAUCAUCAUAUGAACGGAAAUGGUGCAAUUCAAUUUUAUAAAUAUCCGCUUCGAUCUCGAUCCGGCAGACUGUCGAUUACUAGGCGAUUGGAAUGUUCGUCCAUAAGUAAACGAAAGGUAUCUCCACGUUCAUUUGAUGGUCGAAUUACUGAUGAUCUAGAUUCUCGAAAAAAAUUACGCUAUGAUGAGGAUUCCUAUAGCAGUGAAGAAGAAAUUUUGUGUUCAGGGCAAGUGUUUCCUUGUGGUCAAAUUACGCCCAUCACAUCUCAUUCUCCAAAAUAUGAUGACGAUAUCGAAGAUUUAUAUGCACCACCAAUAACGAAAACGACGAAUAUUAAAAAUGUUGAUAAAUUGGUUUCAAAUUCUACACCACAAACCACUAUCAGCCAUUCUACUAACGUUAAUAUGAAUGGUUCUCAUGAACAUGCGCAGAAAUCAUCAAACGGUUUCGAUUUAGGAACUACCGCUGCUAACGAUGCUAAUUCAUCUUCAAAAAGGCCAAUUGAUCAUCAUCAUUCCAUUCAGAAUAUUAGAACAAGUAUUGCAACGUCAACGAAUCAGUGUGUAAAUAUAAAUGUAAAUACGCAAUCUUCUGAAUCAUUACUCUUAAUUGCUCCGAAACCAGUUCAGACAGUACGAAAUGAUGUUAACCUGAGAACUACACAAAGACGCACCCAAACUAAGGCACGUAAACCACCUUUAAAAACGGAUGCUGUAAAGAACGUAUCUCAGUUAACAGUUAAUUCAUCAAAUCCUCCAAUUUUACCAAAACCACCAACUUCUUCUAAUAUUGUUCCCAUUAUAAGACCAACGUCACUAAUGAACAAUAACACAAAUAUGCGUUCUGUACAAAACAGAACAAUUAGACCAAAUAGUGACCUAUAUUCAAAUCCAAUUAGGCCAAAUAAUGAUAUAUAUUCAAAUCAAAUUAGACCAAAUGGUGAUCUAUAUUCAAAUCCAAUUAGACCAAAUGGCGAUCUAUAUUCAAAUCAAAUUAGACCAAAUAAUGAACUAUAUUCAAAUUCAAUUUUACCGGAUGAUAAUUAUAAUAAGGUCACCUUAAAAGAUGGCCAAGGUUCUGCCACAUUAGCUGAUCACGGACAUCAAUCAAGAAAUAUGUUACAUGCACCACUGACAACACAUAGGUCGUUAGGCGUAUCACAACCAAAUCCAUUAGGUGUAGGCGUAAAUAAUUUGCAAUUGGACAACUCCGUCGCUACAACGAAUACUACCAAUUGUAACGCUGCACCAAACCUUCGAAAUAAAACUAAUAUACCAUCUUAUCAAGAAAUUCAUAGUGCUUCAGAAAAUCGUUAUAUGAAGUCGGAAUUAAUUGAACAAAGAAAAACUAUUGAAAGGCAAACGGAGCAACUUUCAAAAGCGCACAAAGCAUUGGCCGAAAAAACUGAAGAAUGCGAACAUUUGAAAAAUACUAUUAGUAAUAUGACUACUAACGAAUCUUUGAAACAAGAAAAUGAAUCUCUGAAACGAGAAAAUGAAAUGCUUAAAAUGUAUUUUGCAAAGGUUAUUCAGGAUGGAGGCACAAUUAUUCAAAGAGACUAUGAUAAAUUGUCAACUAUGUGUACGUCUAUUCAAAAUUUAAGCAAUCAGCAUGACAUUGUUGUUAAUCAUUUACAAAGGGCAGAAAGCACGUCCACUAGUUCUAAUAGUUCUGAAAGUCAUUCGCAACUGCGUAGUAAGCUUAAUCAAUCUCAAUUAAAGGUUUCACUACUAGAGAAGUCAUUGCAGAUGAAAGAUGAAAAUGAAAAAAUCUAUCAACAAGCCGCCAGAUUAGUUCUUGAUUUAAGACUUGAACCUCUGAAAAAUUACAUGGAAUUGCAAAAUAGUGUUAAAGCAUUAAUUCCUUCAUCAAUUUUAGAAGCUUCUCGUAUGAGCACUGAACAUAAUGCUACUAGAAGGGAUACAUCCAUAAACAUCUCUACUACAAAGACUAGCAAUGAUAAAUUUUCGAGCAAUAUUAAUACAAGUAACAAUAUAAAUGCACAAACGGACAAUUCUCCUUUUAAUACAAGUAACAAUUAUAAUAGUGCAAGAAGUAUGGAUAUUGUAAGGUCUGUGAAUGGUACUUCUAAAGGUGUCAUGAAAACCAAGGAUAGUACUGACGCAAAUUUUAUAAAGCCGACUAAUGGCACUGUCACUAAAUCAAAAGAUGUUGUAUCAAUACCAACUGUUUCAACCUUUGCAGAUAAUACGUCAAUCUCUAAUGUAUUUACUAGAUCAUCAGAAACUCCCGAGUCUACUUUAAAUCCAGAUAAUAAAUCAACAUCAAUUGCGUCUAUUUCAAAAAGCCUCGUGACUCCUACAAAAAGUACGCCCAAGAUUAAUGGAGGACCAUCAACUAGAUUUACGGCUAUAAUGAAUUCUCAUUCCGCUUUGCCGUAUCCUAUAAGUCAGAACGUAACGAGCAACACUUCACCAAAUAAAGCGACAAAUGGAAUGCUAAAUGCUUCCGCUAAAUCGCAAUAUUCU